GUCGAACAGCAUAACGCAUGCGCCUGCGCAUAACCAGCACAUGGCCCCUGUUUGAAGGUUACCACAUCAUUUUGGUAUUUGUCAAGUUUUAGUGGUCUUUAAUGCAACUUUACUAUACCUCAUCAGGAUAGAAUGGGCAAUAUUCACGCAGCUUCUCCUCAAACGCCUUCGUCGGCAAUGCCGGCUCCUCCAAUCUCUUCAGUUUUAUCACCGGCUCCAACGACACAGUGUCCAGAGCCACCGAUUCUGGCACCUAUUGAACCCUCACGUAACCCAGGAACAGUCGAAGAUCUCCACAAACAGUGCAAAGAUAUUUUCCCUCAGGUGUUUGAAGGAGGAAAGCUGAUUGUUUCCAAAGGUCUGAGCAGCCACUUCCAGAUAAGUCACACAGUCUCAUUGGCAACAUUUCAGCCUUCUGGAUAUAGAUUUGGUUGUACAUAUGUUGGCACAAAACAGUUUUCUCCACAAGAGGCCUUUCCUGUUCUGAUCGGAGACAUUGAUCCAAGUGGAAAUUUAAAUGCCAACAUCAUCCAUGCAUUCUCAGAAAGUUUAAGAACAAAAUUAGUGGCACAGAUCCAGCACAACAAAUGUGUGGCCUCACAGUGUACGACAGACUUCAAAGGUUCUGAUUUUACAGUUUCCCUCACUGCUGGAAAUGUAGAUCCAAUUUCUGGCUCAGGCUUGUUUGUGGGACAGUAUCUGCAACAAGUAACACCUAAGCUUGCACUGGGUGCAGAGGUGCUAUAUCAAUAUGGACAACAGAUCCCAGGGGGAGAAAUAUCUAUCUUUUCUCUUGCUGGAAAGUACUCUGGGAAUAAGUGGCAGCUCAGUGCCAAUGUAAGUCCUCUGGCGGGGAGUGUGCAUGCUUGCUAUGCACAUAAGAUCAGUGACCAGCUGUCUUUGGCUGCAGAGCUAGAGACCAGCUUGCGACUGCAGGAAAGCACAGCUACUAUCGGCUACCAGGUGGAAAUUCCAAAUGCCCAUACUACUUUCAAAGCCCAGUUUGACACAAACUGGUGUCUUGGUGCUGUCAUGGAAAAGAAAUUGCAACCAUUCCCUUUCACCUUUGCUCUCAGUGGAUGGGCCAAUCAUGUGAAAGGACAAUAUCGCUUUGGCGUUGGUUUAAUAGUUGGUUGAUGAAACGAUGUACUUUAGCAUUUUUUUUUUUUGUCCAAAUAUGUUUGCAGAGGGCUGUAUGAUAGAGAAUUUUAUACUUGAGCAGAAAAGUGAUAAAAGAUUCUGUUUAUUUUGAGUGUGUUGAUUGCAUAUUCCUCUUCAUAUUGUUUUAAAGUAGGCUGGAGAAAGCUGAGUGGUAUAAAGAUUUAAAAAGAACAAGUUAAGAGGAAUAAAACUGUGAAAGGCUGCUGGUGGUUUUGCUUUCAGCCAGUUUCACAGAUCUGUAAUUGGCUUCCAUGCAAAAUGCAAGCCUAGCUAAUUUCUGGUCUCCCCAAUCCACCUUUCUUUUUGAACAUAAAAUCAUUAUGUGCAUCAAGUGAUCGUCACAAUUGUGGCUGCAACAAUGCUCUCUGUAGAUUCUUCUGGACACAAUAACAUUGUUGUAGAUUUUAUAGAAAAGUAUGCUUGUGUAUGAAUGUUUCUUUUAUUUUUAAAACUUUACUUCAUAAGCAUCUAUCAUUCAAUCCAGAGGAAAUGUUAAAUGUAGUGAUAGAUUUAUAUGCUUUACUUGCCUUGGCAUCGAGUAGUGAAGAGGAAACUUGGAUUAUGUCAUCAGCUGUAAUGCUGUAUUAAAGGAAAGGCCCUGUGCUAGAAACUAAGUGUAUGAAGCUGUUUACUUUCUGUAAGUUAAACUCCAUUGCCCCAAUAAAACUACAGGAAUUACGCAAAGCAAACAUCUAAAUUUAUUGUUUGACCUGAAAAAUAUAUUGAAGUAGACACCGUACGCUUUUUCUUCAAAUUUUAUUGAAUUUUUAAUGACUCGUUCUUCCCAAAAUGUUAAAGCACGUUACAAAUGGAUAUAAAUAGAUCUAGGCAGAUUGCAUUAUCACGUCAAGUAACCAAAAUGAGUAAAGGGUAGGAGGAAUAGCAUUGUGGCUGUUAGAAUAAGAAACACAACUGGACGUCGGAAAUACUGCAAAGUUUCAGGGAAUGAGAGGUAGAGUUUAAUUAAUGACUUCUCAUCACUUCAUAGUGAGAUAUUUAUGCUGCAAAAAUGACAUCAGUCAUUAUGUGAGUAGCAGAUUUGCAUAAUAGAUUUAUUAGGUUUUCAGCCACUUGCAUGUAACAGGUGGCAUGAUCAUUUUGAAGUAGGAACUUCAUUUUUGGCACAAUGCUGCCGAGUAUCUGAGAAUGUAUUAUUACAGUUAUGAGAGUAUGUCACCUAUUGCACUUAUUAUUCAGACGAGUCAUUUUGGGCUAUUUUCCUUACUUCCUGACUAAAGUCUCAAUUUUUGGUGUUUUAAGUCAUUUUUUGCAGACAGAAUGCAUACAAUCACAGCCCAGGACACCAUAAUUUCAUUUGGCUCAUCAUGAAUACGAAAUGGAUAAGUUUCUUAUUUCAGCUGUUGUGGUAGGCAAGAGGGUGUAUAUUUAAUAUUAAAGUCAUUGUCCACUUGCGAUAAUGCUAAUGUUUGACCCAUGAGGAGCUGGAGAGAAUGUUGAAGAAUAUGCACAUACUAUGUGAGUGGAGUUUGGUUGAUCAUGGCAUACAAUCAGUGACCUGUGAACACUUUAUGCAGAGGGCAAGCUCUUUAUGGAGAAAUGUUCCCAAUGGAUACAUUGAGUUUCCUAUCAUGUUUCUUAGUUGUUAAAGAGCCAUAUUCUAUUCGGUAUGCACAAGACACUUGUUUAUGGAUGUCCCCUUUUGUUGGCUGGAAGAAAUAAGCUUAUUUUAGAAUUUAACAAAUAACGAAUUUUCACUUUCAAUGUAGACAUAUAGGACUAACCUUCCCACCUACUAUAGUUCCCAUUAGGAUAGUCAGCAGCUACUACUACUAACAAUAGAAAUAACCAGAUCUUACUGGUGUUUGUAGACAUAGAGGGUUAAUACAGUUAAUUCUCAUGUAUCAGACAUGCUAGAAGGCUUACUGUUGUUAAAAGAAAUGAAAUAUGAGCACAGGCCUAUGUUGUAGUACUGAAAUAAAAACACCAUGAGUUUACCAUUUUACAGGAAAUAACCAGCAUGCGAUGAUGAGCUGUCCUAAGCUUCUAUACAUUUUAUCACUAGAUGUAUUUCUUUCUGUUAUCCCACCUAAGGAAGUGGAGGCAUGUAGUGAACAUGCACAGUACUGCAGCGGUUGAACAUUCACCAGUUUAUUUCUAAUUAUUCAUUGCCUAUCAUUUGUUGGAUCAGUUUUAAAGUGAAUGCUUGAGCUAAAUGUUUUUGACAGAAUAAAGUGUGAUUGAAUAAGCCACUUUCCAUGAACAUGCCAGGGAAGAGGGGAGGUAACAAAAAAAAAUGUUAGUGUAAUUUUACUGACAUUUUAUUAAUAGCAGUGAUCGCAAUGCUUCAUUAAACUGCGGAUACUUUU